CCGCGGAGCGACGUUGCGAUACGUUAUCCUGAAAAAGUCCUUGAAAAAUCAAAAAUUUUUCGGUUAUUGCCGGGGGCGAGUUCGGGCGACGCGAGCGGGUUUCUGUGAGUUCAUCGGCCAGUUUUUGGGGGAGUUCGCGGCCGGAUAACGAGAAAGAGAUGAAACCAUCCAUUUGCGGCAUCGUUGUAUUCUUUGUGUAUUUUAAAGGUUUGUGGUGUACGAUCGAGCACCUGGAGCUCUUAAUGCCGAGAUACGCGAUCAGAGGGGGAGACGUGAUACUGAGAUGCGAUCACAGCGUUCCUCCGGAGCAGCUUUAUAAGGUGGAAUGGCGCAAAGGGGAGAAUAAAAUCUUCCAAUACAUCAAAGGGCGAAAGCCGCCUUUUAGGCUGUUUCCCAUUCAAGGGGCCGUGCUAUCGAAAAUGAACAGCAGCGAGAAACAAAUCCAGCUAACCAAAUUGGAUUUUUCAGCCUCGGGAUCAUAUUCGUGCGUAGUCUCUAUGGAGACGCCGAUUUUCUCUAAGGACUCAGACAUCAAGGAUCUCACUAUUAUAGAACCUCAAACGUACAAUCCGGAGAUCACUUUCAACAAGGCGAUUUACGAAAUCGGGGAAGUCCUCGAGGCCAACUGCACGACAGCGCCCUCUCGCCCGCCGCCGCACAUCACUUGGCUGAUCAACAACGAAAAAGUGCCCGACAAGCUGACCAAAUCCUUCUCGAACGGAAUGAUCCACGGUCACGGUUACUUCGAGCAGAAAACUUUCGCCAUCAAACAGCUAUCGGUGGAAGUUUCGGAGCUCCACGUCGGCGAUGACGGGCAGCUGACGCUGACUUGUAUCUCGACCAUUCCCGGGUACAUCAGCAGCUUGGAUAAUUACGCGGACCUCAGAACGGCGACGUCUCGAAUCGAUAUUCAAUUGACGGAAGGUCCCGUAGGAGAAGCCAUAUCCAACGUGACCCCUAACGCGACAUCGUGGAGAACAUGCUUGAACUUCUCCCUGGUAUCCAUAUCGUUGCUGGCGACUUGUCUCAUGUGAAACGGCUGGACGACGGGGAGUUGUUUGUAAGAAUUUUCACGUCAAGGGCCGCUUUAUGGGGAGCCAGCCCGUCGAUAUUAAUUCGAAACGUUAGUAGCGACAAGUUGCGGUCGCAAUUAUGUAGGUAAUUAAAACGUGCGUAAUUCGUACUCUUGAAUCGCUGUGGCGUCAAAUGUGGUUUAAUUAUCGAGCGCUUUGACGUGUUUUAUUGUAAAAAUACGUUGAAUUAGUAAUUCGUGCGAUAACAAUUUUUCUAUUUUCUAUAAAAGAUGGAUAUUUUUUACUUAGACUAUGCUGCUGUGUUAUCAUCAAUUCGACUAAAUCUUGUUGUUCGGAAACGUUUUCUAUUUUUCACACUCGCUAAUUUUUUAUUGUUGAAUUUGAAGUUUCCGUCCAACGGGAUAUUAGCCACUGUUAUAUUUAAAUCUACUGGUAUUAGUUGAAUAUUUUGUUUCGUUCACCUCUGUAUAUUUCCAAUUAUAUUUUACGAAAUGCUCAACAAGAUAAACGAUUUUUUUUGUUACCAGCAGAUUUGAAUCAAAUGAAUGAAAUAAAAAAUGGAAAUAACUAUAUUUUGC